GUCACUCUGGAACCUCAGGGACAGCCGCGUCAGCUGGGGGACCGACCCCUUCCUUCUCUGCCAGGUCAUUUUCCACCCCGAGUUCCUGUCCUCCACCAGCCCCCUGCUGCCCGUGGACUAUGAGGAGUUCGUGCGCGGCUGCCACCUGGGGGUCUUCCCCUCCUACUAUGAGCCUUGGGGCUACACGCCAGCUGAGUGCACUGUGAUGGGCAUCCCCAGCAUCUCCACCAACCUCUCCGGCUUCGGCUGCUUCAUGGAGGAGCACAUUGCAGACCCCUCAGCUUAUGGCAUCUACAUUCUGGACCGGAGGUUCCGCAGCCUGGAUGACUCCUGCUCGCAGCUCACCUCCUUCCUCUACAGUUUCUGCCAGCAGAGCCGACGGCAGCGCAUCAUCCAGCGGAACCGGACCGAGCGCCUCUCAGACCUUCUAGACUGGAAAUACCUGGGCCGGUAUUACAUGUCCGCACGGCACAUGGCGCUGGCCAAGGCCUUUCCAGAGCACUUCACCUACGAGCCUCAUGAGGCUGAUGCGGCCCAGGGCUACCGCUACCCGCGGCCCGCAUCGGUGCCGCCGUCGCCCUCGCUGUCCCGGCACUCGAGCCCGCACCAGAGCGAGGACGAGGAGGAGCCCCGCGACGUGCCCGACGCGGAUGGCGAGCGCUACGACGAGGAGGCCGAGGCCGCCAAGGACCGGCGCAACAUCCGCGCCCCCGAGUGGCCGCGCCGCGCCUCCUGCGCCUCCUCCACCGGCGGGAGCAAGCGCGGCUCGGUGGACACGGCGCCCUCCAGCACCCUCAGCACCCCCAGCGAGCCACUCAGCCCCGCCAGCUCCCUGGGUGACGAGCGCAACUAAGCUCGGUGGGCUCCUGUGCAGACGGUGCUGUCGUGCCCCCCACCAUGAACCCUCUGGGGGGAGCACUGCCCGCCCUCUCCGCCCUACACUCCAGCCCUGCCAACUCCGAGCUCUCUCUCUCUCUCUCUCUCUCUCUCUCUCUCCCCCUCUCUCCCUAAGUCCCCUACACUCCAGAAUCUCAACGCCGUGCCUUUCUUGGGUUCCAGAAUGCAUCAUUGUGCCCAGGAGUCCCCCCAAACUCACGCACACACCAGGCGGGGAAAUCUGCCUUUUAUCCUGCUCCCGUGCCCGGUGGUUUUAGGAACCCAGACCUGUUGCCUUCCAGGUUGGGGGCUCCUAGGACCCUUGGUGGCUUGUCAGUUUUUCAACGCACAGAGCAUGGGGUGCUCAGGUCUGACCUGGAGACCACCAAGUGUUGGCAGAACCACCUGGGGUCUCUGCUUUUGGGUCAAGUCUGGACCCUGGGCACGUUCAGGAAUUUAUUGCAGAAGGUCCUCCAUUUCACCUUCGUGACUCCCGCCCAGGGACAAGGCCCUCAGUGUUUACUCUGGCCUAACCCUCCUGGGGUGUCCGCUCCCCCACAUCCCCUCUGCCUCCACACUUUGGCCAAGUGAGGGGUGGCCGAACCACUUGGCUUCCCUUUCCUACUGAAGAGCUUGCGGUCUUGGCCUAGAAGCCUUUCUGGAUUUUUCCAGACCCAACUCCUUUGAAUCGAGUCUGAGCUCUGCCAGUUUUUCCAGAUUCCUGCGCACUCCAGGGACUCCUCUGGCUGACAGCCCCGCACACAUCCAUCCCUCCAACCGCUAGGCCUAUCAUGAAACCACUGGGUUCUAGGUCCCGACUGUUGAAUCUAGAACCUUACCACUGUGCCACAAACUGAUCCCUUUCCCUUGGCCUAGAACUGAGCCCACUGGGUUCUAGAACCUCCAUAUUUACCUCGAGUCUCUUCUGCUCCCCCCCCCAAGCUGUGCCCUCUUCUCCGCCCCAGCUUUGGUGACAGGGAGAGGGCUCAUCACGUGUGUGCUUUGUGGUGUCUGAUGCACUUGGUUUGCAGUUGGGAGGGGGAGGGCAGGAGGGGUAUGAGUGAAGUGUGUCCAGAGAUGGAAAAAUACAUCUAUAUUUAAGACUGCUAGGUCUUUUUUGACCUUGGUUGAGCCUGGCUCUGAGCCCCUUCCUCCUGGUGGCCUCCUCCUUUUCCACUUUACCUUUGUGCCUAACACACACACACACACACACACACACACACAGAGAUGUGGGUCCCUGAUCCCUUAUUUCAUUUGGCUGUCUUGGAGAAACUUGAAUCUCUAUUCUAGACUCCAGGUUUGUUUUUUCUUUCUACUAGACAGAGCACUGCUCAGUUCUGACUUAUGGUGAUGCUAGGGAUUGAGUCUGGGACCUCCAGGCCUCAAAACAAGAAAGUCUUUUUGCACAACCCGUAUGCUUUCUCUCUGGCCUUCCAGUGUUCUUUCCAAGUAAGGUGACUCUGUCUUGCUUACUUGAUAAGGUGUGUAGUUCCCGGUAUGUGAGCUAUCUCCCAUUUUGUCUUGUUUACUUGGAAUUGAACUUAUAAGUAGCAAAAACCUGACACAAACUAUCACUAGAAAAAGGAUCCAGAGGGUAGCCACAAACAGCAAGUGUCUCUUGAAGUAUAAAUUCCUCACACUACCCCCCUGGGAGGUGCAGAGAUAUUGCAAAUUUCUGUCAUUGCAAAAAAUCCUGUUGGACGUA